UUCGAGGUAAAUGGAAUAACUUUACCGCAACCACACUCCGCACAGUCAAUGAUAAGGUGACCCAGGUCCUCAUGGGGGUAGAACGGUAUAUCGGCGAGACUUGUGUGUUGAAGAAGGGAGCUGGUGGAAGUGGUGGUCCCCCUGAUGGUAACGAUGGUGACUAUGAUGACAAAAAUGGAGUUAAGAAAGAAAGGAGACUAGGGAAGGAGAAGAAGAAUGACGAAGAUGAGGAGGAGGCCAAGGACAAGAUCAAGAUGAAGAUGCCUUGGACCUGUAACAGGAAAAAGGAGGAGAAUUUCUUGCAAUGGGAGGCGGUCGUGAGGAGUUAUGUGCACGGCCAGAAGGUGGUGAGAACAGGCCAGGUGAUGUUCGAUGCCUCUUGUCUUGGCGGCGACAUGGCAAGCUACUCAGCAUCCCUCAUAGAGAACGCCGGUUGUGGGAGAGAUAUCGUUGUCGAGUACCCCCGCACCACCUCCUUAGACACCUACUUAGACGCCUUGUAUAAACGGUUUGACGAUAAGACAAGGGGAAGGCGUACGGUGGCGAAGAUUCUGAAUGUGUAUAGGGGGAAUUGGAAGAGUGUGCACGCCUUGAAGGCGUAUAUGGAUGAGUUGCUGCAAGUCCCUGACCACGGCGUCAUGCCGAAGCAAGUGCUAGAGUACUUUGCCAUGGCACUGCCCAAGCCUCUUAAGAUGCAAAUGUAUCCGCACGUUGCUGCAGAAUGGGCUACUUGUGCCGAUUUUAGUAAGGACGCGCUGGUCCGAUGGGGGUUCCUGGCACAGGCCAACUUCCACUAUUUCAAGGACAUCGAGAGGGGGAAGAAGUGGAAGGGCAGGAUGAUCUUUGGCAACGUGCAGGACGGAGACAAACUCUUGGUGACGCUUGAGGAAGGGGGUGCAGAAGAAAUUCCCGUUGAGCAAGUAGAUUACGGUCACCUAGAGUACGAGCAGCAGUUAGAGGGCGGUCAAGUAGUUGUAGGAGGCAACUAUACGACCGUAGCAGCCCACGGGGGAGGGCAAGGAAGAGGAGGCCGACGUGGAAGAGGAGGUCGGAGAAGGGCUACUCAGGGGUUUGAAGGCCAAGGGGGCUUCCAAGCGGGUGGUAGGGGUUAUGGUACCCCGCAAGGUAGUCAAACAUCCCCCGCUUCGCAAGGAAAUGGACGGGGUAACCAUGCCCUCUCCAACGAGAGUGAUCAGGGAUCUAGAGGGCAGCGUAGGUACCCUCACCAUCCAGGACUCGAAGAACUCGAGCCCUGGAAUGCUCUAAAUAUAUCAGAGGACAUAUGGCGUCAGAGGCAGAAAAGGAGACAGUGGUUUAAGUGUGGAGACCCCAAUCACAUCGUUCCCUUUUGCCCGUUAUACCGACGACCAUCAAAUGGAAACGACCAAUUGGAGUCGUGGCUGCUCCUACAGGGGCCUCAUACUUUGAUAGACAAGAAGAAGAAGCGCUGAAGUAGGAACCUGUUGUUUGAGGACCCCAAUGGCAAAGGAUGAUGUAGGCCCCCACCCAGUCGAUUGUCGAGAGACCGCUUGUGUCAAGGUCUCUCUGGGUGGUUCCCUCGCAGGCAUCGGUGAUGAGCUCAUCACUCGUCGUCAAGCCUGCGCCGAGAUGAAGAAAAAGUCAAACGGACAUGUAAUACUAGCAGAUGUAGAAGUUAGUAGAACCAGGAUAGGCGCGUUGGUGGAUUGCGGUUCGACGCGUAGCUAUAUUGGUAGGAAAGGAUUAAAGAAACUGCAUUUAGGAAUGAAAGUGCAGAAGUUGG